AUGGAGCCUGAAAACAACGGUGAGAUUUCUGAUGUGUCGGAGAAUCCACAACAGGAGGUGGUGGUGGCAGCAGUGGAAGAAUCUGCCGUGCCUGAGAACCCAGCAGCUGCUGUGGAGGAAAAGGAGCAGCUGGUAAUGAACGGCGCCGGUGACUCGGCCCGAAACAACGUCGAGCCUGUUGAAGAUGAGUCACCUCUUAAAGUCCCUAAAGCCGAGCCGACAGUGCCUUGUGCGGCGCCAGAAGAACCUGAUAGAUUGCCAGAAGAGAAGGAAAAGGAGCCUGCGCCCGAGCCGCUCCCAGAAGACCAAGAACAGGCCCCACCUCAGCGGCCGGAGGAGCCGAGGCCUCCCAGCCCGGAGAAGGUUCAGGAGGAAGUAGAGGCUCAAAAAGUGGCGGCGCAGACUCCAUCACAAAAUGAUGGCGAGGAAAUUGAAGCAUCGGGAGAUAAGCCAGCUGAAGUCACAGAACAGGAGAAGGACAAACAGGCUGAAGUUGCAGCAGCAGAGCCCGAGAAGAAAGGCGAACCAGAAAAAAGUGCAGAGUUGCCGGGAGCUGAGGCCGCUCCUGACCAAGAGGUGACUCUUCCCUCUGCCGACUCCUUGUCUUUCCCCCUCCUCAAAGAUGACAAGACCAAAGAGGCGUUGCGCAGCUCUCGCACGUUGGUCGUCAUCAGAGGCCUCCCGGGAAGCGGGAAGACCUUCUUGUCCCACGCCCUGGCCAACGCCUACAAAGACCACUGCUCUGUCUUCUGCGCCGACGACUAUGCGGCGAGUGCAGAAUCUGACGCGCGUGAAGCCCUGGACCAGGCGGUGGGAGCCUGCUGCGCCGACGCAGUUUCGGCGAUGGUGGUGGUAGAUGAUGCCAACCGUGCCCGGGAGCGGCUGGCCCACAUGAGCCUUUUGGCCCGGGAGCACGGGAUGGUCCCCAUCUUCCUGGAGCCUCGCACGGAAUGGAGCGCUGACGUGGCGCGACUCGCCAAGCUGACCGGUCGCAAGCCGGCUGCCGUCACCGCCAUGAAGCGUCAACUGGAUGAGGUGCGUCUGCCGCUCUUCUUUGGCUGGUUCCUGCUGGCCUCCGGUCGGGAUCGGCUCAGGUCCGCAGGGGCCGACUUCCUGACGGCGCUGGAUGCCUUCAAGAAGAACGCUGUUGGCUCGUCUCUGAGCGAAGGCCAAGAGGUGCCCCUGGAGCAGUAUUUCAAAAGUAAAGGAAGCCUCCACUGCACCACCAAAUUCUGUGACUACGGGAAGGCAGAGGGCGCCAAAGAGUAUGCAGAGAAACCAGUGGUUUCAGAGAUGUACAGCUCUGUGUUCGAUCUCUCCGUGAGCGCUCUUUUCGUCACGCCUCGCACUUUCGGCGCCAGGGUCAGCCUCACCCAGGAGCAGCUGGUCCUGUGGCCGGCCGAUGCCGAAAAAGAGGCAGAUCCCCCUGUCACCGGCGCCGGCUCCUUGCCAACGGGCAGCCGCGCUCACAUCACUCUGGGCUGCGCGAAAGGCGUGGAGGCGGUCCAAACGGGUCUGGACCUGCUGGAGAUCCUGGUUUUACCGCAGGUGGAACCAAUCACCGACUUGGAGCUCGGCUCACUGAAGUUUUACGGCGAAGGGAGGUGGAUGCUGGAGCUCAAGGAGCCGCUUUGUGUGGCGGCGUGCUUCUCCAGCUACUACAAGAGCGGGAGCUCUUCCCACGAGCAGGGCAAAAAGGAAUCCAAGAAGAAGAGGAACUGCGCCAUACUGUGA